GAUUUCUUCCCCGUCUCAGCUACGCUGGAGAGUAGGCAGAAGAAGCCGAUUCUGGAAGCCAUUACGUUGCGCAUAUCAGUUAAGUACUAUUUUUGCGUAUACUACGUACAACAAUUUCUCCAUAAAGAAGGAUUUCUGCAGUUAUGGUCUCCGUCGCGAAAAAAAGAAAAAUGAAUUUCUCGGAGAGAGAGGUUGAAAUUAUUGUGGAGGAAAUAGAGAAACAAAAGCACACAUUGGUUAACCACUUCAAUGCUGGAGUAACUCACAUGGCAAAGAACAACGCGUGGAUGGAGAUCCUCAAAAAGGUGAACGCUGUCACCACCUGUCCCAGGGAGUUGCCGGAGGUCAAGAAGAAAUGGUCGGACAUGAAGACGGAGGUCCGGAGGAAAGUGGCUCAGGCGCGGGCAGCCAUAGAGGGGACGUCCGCCGAUUGUACUCCAGUCCCCGUCCUGCUCACUGCCAUGCAGCAGAGGAUCUGUAACCUCCUGGGAGAAGCCACCAUCAUCAGUUUACCUGCGGGAGACUCGGAUGGCGAGAUCUCGUUGCCCGUCACCGUCAACGCCGCCGCCACCGUCACACUUGCGGAGACUAUUCCAGCAGGCUCUGCAACAAUUUGUGAUGAAGCAAAGUCCCUGAAUGCUGAAACAGCCUACCAAGCAUUAGAAGACAACGGCAUGGUAGAAUACUGCACAACGACCGUAGGCGAUUCGGCGCCUCCUGUGGUGGCAACUGUCGAAGCUCCAGUAGAAGUGUUGGAGACAUCUACAGCUUCCUCGCCGCUACCGCCUCAGAGUCAGGCGAAACCUCAGGAACUGAAGAGCCGCAUUGCCCUCAACUCGGCUCGACUACUGCAGGAGCAGCGGGUCACCAACGUCCACAUCCGACAAAUAGCCCAGCACCUGGAGGGUCAGAACCAGCUUCUCCAGAUGAUGCGCAUCUCCCAGGAGGCCCAGGUUUUUGCACAGGAGCGACAAGCUCAGGCCUUGGAAGGAACCCAAGCCGCACUGCUCGCUCUGGUGCAGAUGCUCAGGCCUGCUCUCAAAGAUUUGCGCAAAUUCAUGCAGAGCGGGACCGAAGUCACAAACUCGGGCAGCGCGGCAGCAGCGGUCACAAGUGACGCGGCUUCAAUCGAUGAGCAGAACAGGCCCACGACGUCACCACCUGCUGCACAAACUGAGGCCACGCAGUAGACUCUCCCUGUCUGAGGAAUUCCUGCACAGAGACUUCAACAAAGCCUUGAAAAACAUUUCAGAGUUGCCUUAGGAAGCAUGUACAAAAAUGGAGCUCUUUUCCAAAUUGGAAAACAGUCAGACGUUCACUUUGGUUUGGACUAUUAUAGUUUUUGAGAGUAAUUUUCGGUGGAAAACCGAAAUUAUGUUUUCAUCCAGAAUACUAAAGCCCGUCUUGUUUUUUAGAUGUUUGACCUCGACCAAUGAAACCAAAAAAAUAACUCAACCAGUGUUUUUCCUAAACAUUACAUACUCACUACGAUUAACGCAUGUCAUUAGGAAUACCAUUUAAUUUAGGAAUUACUGUGCUUAUUAGGGAUGGGCCGGAUAAUUAAUUAAUUGUUCAUUAAGAUUUAUGACUGUUGAACUGAGCGUCUAUUCAUCAUUGUUUGAUGCCAUUUAACCAAACUGGAUUGCACGUCUUCGGUGCGGCGUCUUCAGUAAUGCGGACGUUGUAUCGAUCCGUUGUGGUGAAGAAGGAGCUGAGCCGGAAGGCAAAGCUCUCAAUUUACCGGUCGAUCUACGUUCCCAUCCUGACCUAUGGUCAUGAGCUUUGGGUCAUGACCGAAAGGAUAAGAUCACGGGUACAAGCGUCCGAAAUGAGUUUCCUCCGCCGGGUGGCGGGGCUCUCCCUUAGAGAUAUGGUGAGAAGCUCUGUCAUCCGGGAGGAACUCAAAGUAAAGCCGCUGCUCCUCCACAUCGAGAGGAGCCAGAUGAGGUGGCUCGGGCAUCUGGUCAGGAUGCCACUCGAACGCCUCCCUAGGGAGGUGUUUAGGGCACGUCCAACCGGUAGGAGGCCACGGGGAAGACCCAGGACACGUUGGGAAGACUAUGUCUCCCGGCUGGCCUGGGAACGCCUCGGGAUCCCCCGGGAAGAGCUAGACGAAGUGGCUGGGGAGAGGGAAGUCUGGGCUUCCCUGCUUAGGCUGCUGCCCCCGCGACCCGACCUCGGAUAAGCGGAAGAUGCUGGAUGGAUGGAUUGCACUAUUUAGUAGGGGUGUAACGGUACACAAAAAUGUUCGGUUCGGUACGUACCUCGGUUUAGAGGUCACGGUUCGGUUCAUUUUCGGUACAAUAAGAAAACAACAAAAUAUCAAUCAAUCAAUCAAUGUUUAUUUAUAUAGCCCUAAAUCACAAGGGCUGCACAAACCACAACGACAUCCUCGGUAGAGCCCACAUAAGGGCAAGGAAAAACUCACCCCAGUGGGACAUCGACAAUGAUGACUACGAGAAGCCUUGGAGCGAACCGCAUAUACAUUUUUUGGUUAUUUAUUUACCACAUUUGUAAACAAUGGCUUUAUCCUUUUAACAUUGGGAACACUAUAUUAAUUCUGCCCACGUUAAUCAACAUUAAACUGCCUCAAAUUGUUGCUCAGAUUAAAUAAAAUGACAAAACUUUUCUUCUACAUAUAAAAAGUGCAACAUUAAACAGUUUCAAGUCAACUCAUCAUGCUUAAUUUAUCACAGCAUUUGGAAAGCCUGUAGUUGAUUUUUAUUAUAUAAAUGUUAUAUUUUUAUCAACAUGUUUAAAGCUUUUCUGUCUGUAAAAGAAACACACACACCGCAAAAUGAGCUAAGGUUAUGCUAAAAGCGAACUAGCCUUCACCUCAAGCCAGAACUGCGAGCGAACUGAGCUGCAGUUUAACUUUCUAGAAGUUCAACGGGCUCAUAGUGAUGUUAGUAGUAGUUGACUGGGAGGUGUUUAUUAUCAUUUGGGGAGAGUACGCUCCCUUAUCCUCACUCAACAAGAUUAUUAUAUUAUUUAUAUUUUCAAAUAUUUUGAAGAAACUAGAUUGUCAAAGAAGGCAUCAAAUCUAGGAAUGAACACAUGCAGGGUUAUUUUCCUUUUUUUUUUAAGUACAUAACCCCACAUGUGUUUAUUCAUAGUUUUGAUGCCUUCAGUGACAAUCUACAAAGUAAAUAGUCAUGAAAAUAAAGAAAACGCAUCGAAUGAGAAGAAGGCGUGUCCAAACUUUUGGCCUGUACUGUAUAUAAGAGAAAAAUUAUACUUUUUAAAACUGCCAGUGACAUAUGAAUGAUAUUUUAUUAAGAUAACAAUGUUAUCCUCUCUUGUUUUAGUAUUUUCAUUUCUGAUCAUAAUCAUGGAUUCCAGUUAGUAAAGCAGUGGAACUGGUUUAGGUUGACCCUGUUUAUGUCCACAAACCCUUUCAGCCAGCCAACUCUGCAAGUCCUGGUCCACUGUGUUUACUUUUUUUUUUAAAAAGGUCCACUUAAACCAAGGGUCUCAACUUUUUUCACUAGUAGAGCUCUCUAGAGGAGAAAAAUAGUUAGAUGAGCUAUUUGUGUUUUUAAGGUAUGAAUGUGAGUAACAACAUUUACAUUGUAAAGCAGAUCUCCAAUCAAACAGUGUGGUCAUUGUUUUAUAAUAUAAAGAAAUACAAUAAGAGGAGGUAUACUGCACCUUCCAAGAAGAAGAACGUGUGGUCGACCAGAUGGUUGAAAAACAUAACAAUCAAGGUACAGACCAGUACUCCUUCGCUUUGUUGAAGUUCCAUAGACAAGUGAAAUUGCCGGGUAACCAAUCAGGUGAUCCCAAUGUGCUAACUACUAUUAAACCAUACUUGCCAACCUUGA